UCCUCUCCCUGCUUUCCUUGCUCUCUUCCAGCUCCUCCUUCCUCCCAGUCAUUGGUCAGCUGGUCGAAUCAACAGAGCCACAAAGUUGUCCUCGCUCUCAUCCAAGUGGCUCACGCUGCCCUCGGGGAGGAAGGAGAGAAGCAGGGAAGAAGGACCAGCGGGGAGGCGAUCUAUAUCCGGAUACUUUGGAGCGGCUGCAGAGAGCGGAGGAGCAUCAUGAGCUCCUCCUCGGCCAACCUUCAAAGCAAACGCCUACCUUUCAUUCUGUGUGUCCAGCUGGUCUUAUGGACCUCUGCUUCUCAAGUCCCAGGAUUUGCCCACUUGAAUUCCUGGGCUACUCAGGGGUCACCAGGGUCGCCAGUGGCCAAAAAAACGAACUCUUGGAUGAGGAAGCAAAAUCAAUCAGAGACGGAGCAUGCCCAGAGGCCUCCAGACAUGGAGUCAGCGCAGCAGCUCAAGCUUAGGGAGCGACAGCGCUUCUUCGAGGAGGUCUUCCAGCACGAAGUGGACGUCUACCUGUCCUCGGCACACCUGUGCAUCAGAGACUACAGGAGACCGCCCAUUGGCAGCAUCUCCUCCAUGGAGGUGAACGUGGAUCUCCUGGACCAGAUGGAGCUCAUCGACCUCUCUGACCCAGACCCGGUGGAUGUGUUCUUCAGCUCCGUGGGGGAGGAGGGGCUGCUGUCCUCGCCGCUGCCGGCAGGCCACAGCAGCGACGAGGCGGCCGUCAGGAACGGGCUGUUCCGCCACGUCCUGGAGCGUCUGGACGGCAAGUCCCGCAUGUCCUCCACGUCUUCGGACUGCUCCUCGGACAGCCAGGCCGCCAACGUCAACGGAGGAGACACCCCUCUGGUCGGGUCGGACAACGAGGAGACGCCGAGCGGCGCAGCGGCGGAGAGAGGCGUGUCGCCGGGGGAAGGAGAGCAGAGAGCUCGGCGUGUGCGCUCCUACUGCGAAGAAACCUCCCGUACGAAAUAACGCGGAGGCUUUAACAGAGGACGUUGUUUGAGAAAAGACUUUUUAAUUGACCCCCCGUAGGUUUCCAUGGUAACCCGAUGUGUACUUUCUGUAGCGCGGGCCUGAGAAUGUGUUGAGUGUAAAUAUGCCGAUUCUGGUUAGACUGGUCUUCCUUCUUGUCAUUUCAGUGUGAAAAAAAAUAAUGGUUUUUGUACAGUAUUAAUAAAACUCUAAAACAAGAGA